AUGUCCGGAGGAGUGGAUUCUUCCGUCACCGCAAAAUUACUAGCGGACAAAGAUUAUGACCUAUCAGCAGUGUUCAUGCGCAAUUGGGAUACGCGCGACGAGUCUGGUUCAGAUCAUGGGUGUGAGUGGGAGAAAGACUGGGAGGACGUCAGACGCGUGUGCGGGGUGCUCGAUAUACCUUGUAAAAUGGUAGAUCUCUCCCGUGAAUACUGGACGCGGGUAUUCGAGCCCUCUUUGAAGUCCUGGGAGAGCGGUAUCACGCCUAAUCCUGACGUGUGGUGUAACAAAGAAGUGAAAUUCGGCGCAUUGCUUGACCGCCUGACUGAGGAUCAUGGACUUUCAAACACUCCAUGGAUUGCAACUGGCCACUACGCAAGCAAAGAUUGGAAAAACCAUAACGGCGUUUCACGACCAAGGCUUCUUCGUCCUUGCGACGUUACAAAAGACCAGACUUAUUAUUUAUCUUCAAUCCCUGAACAUAGCCUUUCUCGUGCUCUGUUCCCUCUAGGAACCAUAAAGAAGACAGAAGUCAGAGAACUUGCCGUAAAGUGGAACUUACCAACGGCAGCCAGAGCAGAAAGCAUGGGGAUAUGUUUUGUGGGGGAGAAACGCAAAUUCCACGACUUUAUAUCCCAAUAUAUACCACCCAAACCUGGGCCGAUCAUCGAUCUGGAAACAGGACUCCAAGUGGGUGAACAUGCAGGACCAUGGAAUUUCACUAUAGGUCAGGGUGCUAAAGUGAAGGGUCUCAAAGAGAAGACCUUUGUGGUAAAGAAAGAUAUCCCGAAGAACAUAAUAUACGUCGUUUCUGGAACGGAUCAUCCAGCAUUAUACGCACAAUCUCUGACUGUUCGUGAUUGGACUUGGAUAUGGGCUGAUAGCCCACCGAAAGAGCUCGUGAACCCCGGCGGUCUCAAAGCGGGUAUAAAAUUCCGGCAUGUGAUGUCUGACAUAGGCUGCUCUGUAUACUCUGACAAUGGCCACAUUCGCAUAGAUUUCGAUGAACCGCAGAAGGCUGUUGCACCAGGACAAGUUGCAACUGUUUACAUUGAAAAUUGGUGUUUAGGAUGCGGUACCAUCGUGGACGUAGCUUAG